AUGGAUAACAUUUUUAGUGGCUCAAGUGGGCACCCUGGCAAAUAUGAAGAAAUGUUUGGGGCAGAUCAAUGGGUUUUUGGUUAUUCUGCUGCUUUGCAAUCUCUAGAUGUUCAUCCAGACCCCCAGGUUUAUUGCAGCCAUGAAUCUGAUGGUGUGAAUCAGACUUUGGGUGGUUAUUACAAGAGGAUGCAUGAUUAUUUCAAUGAGCAUAAGCCUGAAGGGUGCAUCCGUAGCCAGAUUGUAAUUCAACAUAGGUGGGCAUUGAUCCAAAGAGCGAUGAACAGGUUCUGUGGGAUCAAAGAAUCUAUUGAUAGGCUAAAUGAGAGCGGAAAAAAUGAGCAGGAUCAGAAGAAGCAUAUGAAGAUGAGUAUGCAACAGCAAAAGAAGGAAAAUAAGAUUAGGGAGAAGGAAUCGGAGGCUCAACUGAUCACAACUGAGGCUAGUAUUAUGUCGGUUGACAUUGAGAAGGUCCCCGCUUAUCUGAAAAACUAUUAUCUUGGCAUACAGCGGAAAAUCAUGGAGAGCAGAGGGUUCAUCGACCCCUCGAACAAUGAAGACUAA